AUGUCUACCGGUUCCGGUGCACAGCAAUCUUCUAACUCCCCGGCUUCUGUUGGAGGUCAACAUGACAGUGCUUCCGUGGGACGCACGAAGAACACCACGUCCUGUGCUAGUUCGACUAAUGAUGCAAACGGCACUUCACAUGCAUCUGAGCCCUCAUCGGUGCCCUCGCACCAAGGUUCAGCAUUGCUUGCAGGCACUGAGUCUGCUGACAAUGCCCACCCGUCUCAACCUCCUAUCGGCCAAGAAGAGAUGGAGGAUCCCAUUGGCAGGUUUUUGUCUGAGACUGAUAGCCCGUUCGCCAUGUUUCGUGACGCCAACGGUGCUCCUGUCACUGUUGGCCGUGCUGGACCAUCUAUGGCACAGACCAUAGACAGUAUCCUCAAUCCUCCCAAGUAG